AUGGAUGAUACAUCAUAUGAUAACAGUUUAAAUUUGAUUGAUGAAGAGAUUGAGGUGGUGAAGAAAGAAAAGUGGUAUUUGUUACUUAAAGAAUUAAUAAAAUUGAUUAUGACAAAUUCCAGAAUAGAAAGAAUUUACUUGCAUUGUUUGGAAAACUUUUUGUUGCUUGAACAACCCAAAUUUAACCAGUGUUUCUCAAAUCUUAAAGAAUUGGCUUGUGAUGAUAAUAUUAGUUCAGGAUUGUUUCAUUUAUUGGCACAAACUACUGAUCGAAUAGAAAUACUUGGUUUGGAAUUUUAUAAUUAUAAAUCAAAUAUGGGUUUGGUUGAUUUAAUUAAAGCACAGAAACACAUAAAGAAAUUAUCAUGUUUCACAUCCAAUGAUUCCAUACCUAAAUUAAUCAAAGAGGCAUUGUUACUUCAUGCAAAUAAUUUAGUGGAAUAUACCAGUAUUGGAUGUUGUGAUCUGGAUUAUUCAUUGUCAGACUUUAAGAGUCUUAAAUCUUUAAAUAUGCAAAGAUGGUGCUAUAUUAUCAAACAGAUCUAA